GUGUCUUUGGAAAUAACGAGACGUCGAUCGUGGCGAAGUUCAAAUGAAUUGAUUUUAAUUUUAUUUCCAGGGUUCUUUGUCAAAUGAAAUGAGGGAAUUAAUUUUGUUGCUGUUGCUGUGUCACGCUGCAUCUGCAGCGACUCACUCUCUGAAGUAUUUCUACACUGCUUCCUCUCAAGUCCCAAACUUCCCAGAGUUUGUGGCUGUUGGGUUGGUUAAUGAUGUUGAGAUGAUUCACUAUGACAGCAACACCAGGAGAGCAGAGCCGAAGCAGGACUGGAUGAACACAGUCACACAAGAUGAUCCACAGUACUGGGAGUGGAACACUGGGAUCUUUUUGGGUACCCAGCAGACCUUCAAAGUCAACUUUGAAAUUGCAAAGCAGCGCUUCAACCAAACUGAGGGAGUCCACGUUUUCCAGGAGAUGGUCGGCUGUGAGUGGGACGAUGAGACUGGAAAAGUUGAUGGUUUUAUGCAGUUCGGUUAUGAUGGAGAAGACUUUGUAGCAUUUGACCUCAAGACACAGACAUGGAUCGCUCCAACACCACAGGCUCUCAUCACCAGACACAAGUUGGACAAUGAAAAAGCUGGGAAUAAACAGAGGAAGCAGUACUUCACUGAGAUCUGUCCUGAGUGGCUGAAGAAGUAUGUGAACUAUGGGAGCAGCUCUCUGCUGAGAACAGAGCUUCCCUCAGUGUCUCUCCUCCAGAAGACUCCCUCCUCUCCAGUCAGCUGCCACGCUACAGGUUUCUACCCUCACAGAGCUGUGAUGUUCUGGAGGAAAGAUGGAGAGGAUCUUCAUGAGGACGUGGACCAAGGAGAGAUCCUCCCCAACCAUGAUGAAACCUUCCAGAUGAGAGUUGACCUGAACAUUUCAUCAGUCACACCUGAAGACUGGAGGAGGUACGACUGUGUGUUUCAGCUCUCUGGAGUGAAGGAGGACGUCGUCACCAAACUGGACAAAUCAGUGAUCAAAACCAAUGAAGAGAAGUCCCCUCCCCUGAUCACCAUCAUCAUCAUCAUCAUCAUCGCUGCAGUGGCGGUUCUCGCUCUCGUCAUCGCCGCCGUUGGAUUCUUCAUCUACAGAAAGAAGAGUGCCAAGCGUCCUCCAUCUCUGAAAUUCUUGCCACAAAAACUGGAGAAAUCUUCAGGUGGUUCUGAUGAAUCUUCUGCAGAAAGUCUAAACAGCAAGACAUCGGGUAACUAAUGGCUCCAUUUGUCCAACACAGCACCUGUAUUCAUUACAUGUAAUAUGGGCGUUGCAGUCUGCAGUGUAGACUCUCCUCACACGUUACAGUAA